AUGAGUCACCUGCAAAUAAUGAAUGCAGUGACAAUGAUAACAACAAUAGCGAUAUUCAAGACAGUGAUCCACUUACCAACAAUGAGCUCAGUGAUCAAGUACAUUACCAAUGAUCUGUUCAGUAGUAUGGCUGAUAUGACAAACCUAUAUGCCUUGCAGAGUGGAACAAUUAGCAAUUUCAAACAAACUACACCAGCGGAACUCCAAAUCUUGUUUGGGCUUCAUAUACUUAUGGGAACUCUAAAAUUUCCUAGAGUCCGAAUGUAUUGGGACACAACAUUGAAAAUGGAAUUAUUAUUGGACAGUAUGCCCAGAAAUAGAUUCUUCCAACUCAGAACAAAUUUACAUCUUGUUAACAGCAUGGCUAUACCAGCAAACAAUAAAUACAAGUUCUAUAAAGUUCGGCCUAUAUAUACUGCCAUCCGUAACAGACGUCUGGAGUUAUCUAUGGAGGAAGAGCUCGCUGUUGAUGAGACAAUGAUCCCACUCACAGGGAAGCUGUCAGUAAAAAAGUAUGUGAAGGGAAAGCCUUCUCCGUGGGGUAUCAAAAUCUACAUGUUUCGUGGUGACAGUGGAGAAGCCUAUGAUUUUAUUCUUUAUCAGGGAGCAUCGACUGAAUUUCAGAUAUCUUUGUUGAAGGAAUUUGGCCAAGGAGUGUAUUUUGACAAUUUCUUUUCUUCAUACAAGCUUUUCCAAGCGUUGAAACAAGAAAAAAUUUGUGCUGCUGGAACUGUCAGACUUAAUCGUUUUGCAAAUCCUCCUCUAAUACCAGAUAAGGAGGCAAUGAAAAAAGAAAGAGGAUUUACAGAAGAAAUUUGUAGCGCAGAUGACAUAACACUAGUAAAAUGGGUUGACAACAAAACAGUUGUUCUAGGCUCUAAUUUUAUUGGAAAAGGAGAAAUUGACAAAGUUGAACGCUGGGACAAAAAAGAAAGUAAGUAUGUUACUAUCGAUCGGCCAGAGAUUGUAAAAUGCUACAACCAUGGCAUGAGCGGAGUUGAUCUUUUUGAUCAAUUGAUGUCAUACUACAGAAUUUUUAUAAAGUCAAAGAAAUGGACACUCAGAGCUAUUUUCCAUGCUGUAGAUUUUGCUGUGGAACAGAGCUGGCUCGAAUACAGGAAAAAUGCCAGUGCAAUUGGUCUGCCAACGAAGAAAAUAAUGGAUCUCCUACACUUCUGUAUGAAGCUGGCUGAUGUUCUAGUGUUAAGUGGGAUGGAUACCUCGAAUAGAAAACGAGGCCGACCAUCUGCCACACCUCCAGAUACAUCUGUUCAAAGACGACGAGGAGAAACUAGGCCUCCUGAAGAGGUUCAGUAUGAUGGAACAACACUUGCCUCUUCAUGA